AUGUAUCAUAAUUUCCAGGAUGGCGAAAGCCCUGAGACGAGUCGUGAUGUUCUGAUGGCGACACGGGCAGGACGUCGUGCCGAGCUAGAGAAAUUAUCAAGUGAUGAAGGCGAGUGGAAGCUGUACCGCACAUUGUGUCAGUUCCGAUUAGGCUACUUUUCAUUUCUCGUGCUUAUGUGCAUUCUCAUGUUUAGUGUCACGUUCCUCAUGGAGAUUUUCUUCGCAAUCUUCUUGCCCAGUGCACGUAUGGACCCGUACUUCACUCUACGAUCAAUUCUGCUGCUGGCUUUUCUGCCAUUUGCCCUGAUUUUUCUGUCCUAUUGCUUUGAAGAGUCCAGUCGGCUGUUUUUGGACGCCAUUGACAUGAGAGAAGGCAGUUUGGCCAAUUUUCGUCUCUCGCUCUGUGUCUGUAUCCAUUACCUACGACACUGGCGAGAAAUGCCAGAUGAUCGACUCGAUAGAGAAAAGUUUGACGCAUUUAGAGGUAAUGAUGAAGACCACGAAGCAUGGACACGCUUUGUGAGCUGGAUCACUGCUGGGCCGAGGUAUUUGUUGAGUACCAUCUACACGAACGAUCCGUUCGACGACACAAACAAGGAAUCUGAGGAUGAGAAGAGAUACGAACUGGAAUUGUUGUUUCAAAGACAACAGAGUGAGGAACCAAGUCACAAGCACAGUAGCUACGUCUUGCGUCACCACAGCAGUAGUAGUAGUAGCAGCAGCAGCAGCAGUAGUAACCAAGAAAACUCAUCAUCAGUCCGAUGGAAACGUGCGUAUCAGGCUGCAAACACGUCUGUUAAGUUCAACACUACACACUUUGACGGACCGCCGUUGGACUUCUCCACGCUCGUUAUCACGGACGUAAUUUGUCCAUUUGUAUUCGAGCUAAUCACGUUGUGGACAUUCGUGGUCUCGCUGGUCACAAACAUGUCGCCCCUGGCAGCAUUCCUGGACUACAUCCAGUGUGGCUUCUACAUGCAAGCCGGUUACUUGGGCCUCUGGAUGAUCUGCCACUUUUGCAGUGCUCGAAACCGCAAAAUGAGGGAGUUUGUCAGCAACUAUCGACGCCGAUACCGUGACAUGGAACGACAGCUACUGGAGACGGAGAACGAAAAGCGUGCCGAACAUCUUUGGCUGGUUAGCAUUGGUUUUCGUGCGGUGGACCAAUUUCAAACCAGCUUUUUUACACUGGUGGAAGCUAUCUUUGAGUUUGGUGGGCAUAUCGGCGAGAGAUGGUGUCCUUGGCUAUCAGUUGUGGAAGGUGAGAUGACAGCAAGCAAUGAAGAAACCCAGCCACUACAGCCUGGUACUGCAACGGAGCAUUCACAAGCAGAAUCGACGACGGAACUGCUUGCUGAAGACACAUGUGAUUCUGUUGUGGACGCUAGCGAGACCCAGGAGGCUUUGGAAGGCAAGCAGCGCGUACACAAGAUUGGUAAACGCAUGCGUGAAUUGAACCUUUGGUCAAAAUUUUCCUACGAUCGUCGGCUGCGGAUUCUAUGCCCGAUUGUCAUCUUGAGUGCCAUCAUUUCGUUCUAUGCCUUCUAUGCUGGCUGGGGUAUCAUGGGCCUUUGCCUCAUUUUGCUUGGCGACACUAUCCAGGCCAAGUUCCCUCAAAUCUUCGGCCUCACGUUCAAGUCUUUCAUCACGUUCUUCGUCAUCCUAUCAUUUGUAUUUUUCUCGUCUACAUGGGCCAUUGGAAUCUUCGUUCACGGUGGAGAUUUCUUUGUAUUUCCGCCGACGGUAGAGUCCCGUUCUGCUUCAGCUACCCCGUUUGCUAUGAAGCCAACAAUGCCGCCGAUGCACUGGAUGCACUGGAAAAAGGUCGCAACGUAUCCUGUGUGCGCAUUAGACAUGAAUUCACUGGACAUCGUGGAUUUUGCACUUAUUGCUGACUCGAUCUACGGAUGGAACACUGCUGUUCAAAUGAAGUCGUUUACCCAACGUUUUAACGGCACUGAACUCGGCGACUGGGCUUAUGUGUCACGGAACAACGAAGCAUCGGACUGUCAAGUGUGGGCUGAGCUCUACUUUCCUAGAAUCAACAUGACUGUUAUAGCCGUUCGAGGAACAGCUACGGCGACUGAUGCCCUUGAGGACCUCCACUACUGGUUUGGCGUAAGCAUCAUGCAAGCUGCAAAUAUCUUUAUUCCGUUCCUGAAACAGCUUCCGAGCCAAUUUGUGGUAGAGAUGCUUUCCAUGAAUUUUCUCCGAGCUGUCAUGCCUCCUCCAGUGUACUCGGAGCUUCUAAACCACGUGACUGAAGUCCGAAAGCGCGUUGGUGACCGUCUUGUCCUUACUGGCCACAGUCUUGGAGGUGCAAUGGCAGCAAUGGUCGGUGCAAAGACUCAUACACCCGCUGUAUCGUUCUCAGGGCCAGGAUUGCUAUACUCGCGUGGUCGAUUCGACGUGGAUGAUGAAUCCAUUCGUGAUUACGUGCUGACUAUCAAGCCACGACGUGAUAUUGUUCCCCAGGUAGACGAGUUGGGUGGCAUGGUACAGGAAAUUGAAUGUCGACUUAUAGUAGUGAUGAGUCACGAGGAAGCUAGGACAGAAGUAGUGACGUCGCCACCGUCUGCAGAGACAGCGCCUGUGUAUCACGUUCAAUUGCAGCCGCGACCGCACGUGACGUUUGAUAACAGUGUUGUGGACAAUGAGCAUCUUGGACGUAGACGCUCCAAGAGUGCGUUGGAUCAAUCACAAUGCUGCAUUUUCCACAAGAAACGAGAGUUCGGCGAGAGUUCCAGUGAGAGCGACGAGGAUUCGGAUGACUCGGGUCAUGACAGUGAGAAGAACCAUCACCAACAUGACUGCAAGCACAAAGCGCCACGUCGUCGCAUGACGUCGAAAAAGCGUGCGCCGUCUUCAUCUGAGGAGAAGCCACCUGUGCCGUCUCAGUAG